CCAUUAGUCAUGAAUCAUGGUGCUGCUACCAUCACAGCCAAUUGUCUGGAUGGAAAGCAGACUCUGCCUCACUUACUGUUGUGUGUUAGCUUGUGCCUGAACAGCGGGUUCUGGAUUAUAGUUUGUCUGAUCAUCUUGCCGCUUCAGGACGGAACAGAACAGAAGGCAAAUUUGUGGAAUGAAGGGGAGUCAGAGAGAGAAAACUCCUCUAACGUGUCACUGGGAAACCCGGGAGCAGAUGUGGUGGUGAAGGGAUGCAGAGAUUGGACUCUGACGCGAAUUAUCACCACUCUGAAAAGUGCAGCCUUCUGUAAAGUAAAGCUGAUGCUGAAACCAUGGUGGGACUGAGAAACUGUUCUUCAUGGGAACCCCUGCUGCUUAAGGCCUCUAGCAUCAAGUCCUGUGCCAACGGCUGCUCCAUGGGCAUCACUGCACACCUCACCUAUGCUAAUGCUGACACAGAAUCUGUAGAAGGAGUGUUUGUGUACCCUCUGCGGGAAAAAGAGGUUGUGGUGGGCUUUGAGGCUGUGAUUGCGGGUCGACUGGUCGGGGUGCAGAUCCAGAGCCGAGGGAAGCUGAAGGACUGCUGUUUGGACUGCUGCCCUGGAUCUGGCCUUGAAGCACAUAGUGGAAAUAGCCAGGAAUGGGGCUGCUGUGGGAUUUCCAGCCUGGACAUGCAGUGCACUAAUGGACAUCUGAUCCUGGAUGAGGACCAGGAACGAACUACCUUUGUUAUGGGCUGUGGGGUUAUAGGACCCAUGGACAUAGUGUCUGUCAUCAUCAGCACCACACUGGAGCUCCCCACAUUAGAAAAUGGAGCGAUCCAUAUCGUUUACCCAACGUUGCUCACACCAAUUGUCUCUGGUCAGAUGACAUCAAGCAAGAGUGAAAAUGGGGGGAAAUCCGAGGAAACUGGGGCAACAAGCUGUUUUGGUGCCACUUCAGAAAAACAAGGCCGAGUUUCAGACUUUGAGCAGCAGUGCUCCCACACCAUCUUUACCAGUCCCGCUGCCAACCUGGCUCCUUAUGAACUCAGCUUCCAGCUGCUGGUCCGAGCUGCAUGUCUGCUUGCUGGACUGGAGAGCCCAACACAUGCUCUGAGAGCUGAUGCAGACCCUAGCGCUCAAAGUGCCUCUGCCACCUACAUCACCUUAGCUCAGGAGCAUCCAUAUGACAGACACAUAGAGAUCCUUUUGCACCUCAGUGAACCUCACAGGCCUUUGGUCAUCUUAGAGAAAGGCCGGCUUUCCUUCACCCAGUAUGAACAGCAGAUCUGUUCCCGUCGGGAUUUCAUUCGCUGCACCCGCAAAGAUUCAGAGGCGGAGCGAAAGGCGGAGUAUGUUAGGAGGCGUCACCACAAAGACAUUCUCUGUAGCCCCGUCCUGAUGCUCAACUUCUGCCCCGACUUACUGUCCGAACCUCUGGAGCUACACAAAGCCACCAGAGAGCUGCUGUUCCUCAUCGAUCGCAGCGGCAGCAUGAGCGGCACCAACAUCCAUCGUGUGAAAGAAGCCAUGGUGGUAGCCUUGAAGAGUCUACCUUCUGGCACGAUGCUCAACAUUGUGGGCUUUGGAACCACCAUCAAACCUCUGUUUAGCUCCAGCAGACUCUGCACUGAUGUAACUCUAAUGCAGGCGUAUGAGUACAUCCAGAGGAUGAGAGCAGACAUGAGGGGCACUAACCUGCUGGGGGCGCUCUCCUGGCUCUACCAGCAGCCUAUGCAGAGGUCAUACCCAAGGCAGGUCUUCAUCAUCACAGACGGGUCCAUCAGCAGUGUGGCCAGAGUGCUGGAGCUGGUGCGAAGAAACACAUGCGCUGGCAGAUGCUUUGGCCUGGGCCUUGGUCCUCGGGCCUGCAGGAGACUCCUGCUGGGAAUCACCAAACUAACAGGAGGAAUUGCAGAGUUCCUGGAUGAUGAGGAGAGACUCCAACCCAAGCUCAUCAAAUCUCUGAAAAAGGCAUUUGAACCCGUUCUGACGGAUGUUCGGAUCGACUGGUAUCUGCCGGAGAACAUGGAGGCUCUUCUCUCGCCUAACGAAAUCCCUCCUCUCUAUCCUGGAGACUGCUUGAUUGGUUAUUGCACUCUGUAUGACAUGAGUUAUUUCAAAGCGAAAACGUCAGAGUCUCAUGGACAGGACAGUAAAAGUUUACAUCGAGACUCCAUGGGUUCUGUGUUUGGCCAGUCAACCGAAGAGCUCCCUCCCCCUUCUGCUUCUGAGCUGAUGCCCGUGGUGAUGUGUGCAGAGGGAGCUGAUGUGGACGAGGCUUUGAGAGAAAUUUCCAGAGAGAUUUCCUCUGAGUUUUCCUGUGCUAGAGACACGGACCCUUUCUCUGGUCCAGGUGUGGAGCUGGAAUGGUCCAGUGAUAUAAGGAAGAGGAUCCAGGAGAAAUCUUACAUUCAGGAGCAAUACGUCCUGACUCACUGCUCCUUGAGCAGCGAGCGAAGCCUUCCAAUGCAGUCCCAGGCUCACAUACACUCCUCACACUCCGACUCUGCAGGAGGGGGGUUCCUUUAUGACUCUCAUUCAUCUGGUCCUGUGUUGGAGACAGGUUCCCUACCACAAGGCCUUGAGCGGAUGCCCCAACCAGAACCAUCAUCUUUAUCUCGAUGGGCUGAUUCAACAUGGCAGCAAACCCUUUCAGCUGAAACUUCCGAGAGUUCAGCCAAAAAGGUUGGGCGUCUGGAUGGGGUUGAGCUGUCUCGUAGGAGACAGAAGGCACUAGCUCGUUCAACUAUGGCGGCAAGGAGCUUCUCGUCACCCCAAGGGGAACUGGAAAUGCAUCGGCUGAGAAGAGCUCUGGAGAGGGUCUCCUUCGACCAGACUCUGGGAGGGAGGCUAGAUGAAAGUGAUGGAGAAACAAAGCCUCCAUCACAGGAGAACACUUCCCACAGAAGUGUCACAGACUCUAACGGACUUUUGUUCCCGGCGUCUCCUCUGGACUGGGAUAGCUUCACAGAUCCAGAGUAUUUCUUCACUGCUGUCCUACCUGAAGACCCUCCUCCAGGUCAGUGUCGUUCCCACAUUCACGGCUUACUGAGUGGCAGGCCUGUGUCCUGGGAGGUCACUGUGGAUCUGGGACACCUCUGGACCUCUGAGGGCCAGGCUACCACAGAGGCCGAUACAUUUGGAGUCGAAGGAGAGGACGCAGGACAUCCCUGGGAGGAGAUCAUUCACCAACUGACAGCUCGCUCUGUCAUAAGAGACUUUGAGAAAUUGGCUGAAAAAGAGGGUGACCCUGGACAUGGUUCAGCUAAACGGUAUCGCAUGAAGGCGAUUCAAACAAGUAAGCACUGUAACAUCAUAUGCAUGUACACCGCCUUCACCACCACCGAUAGAAACAGCAGCAAAGGCUCAUCAGACAGCACGGACAUCCGCAAUACAGGGAUUCAUUUGAGGAACAGGGAAACCUCUCAGUCAGGUAGUCGUAUACAGCGGGCCUACUCUGCUGGUCUGGGCCGACGGCGAGCCGGCAGAGAAGACAACGAGGCUGAAGACUCCUGGAACCCCACAGAUGUAGGUGGCCACUGUUCAAUGGUUCCUGCAACAACAGGCAUGUCAUGCAACCGCUCACCAAGAUCUAUAGAGAGCAAAUCAAUGGAGAGCUUCUUUGGAGCCAGGUUUCCUCUGGGUCGACUCAGGUCCUCCAUUUCAUCAGGAAAGCAGGUUCCUCUCAAGUCUCACUGCCUAUCAGCAGAGACUGACAAACAACCAGAGAGUGAGACACCAGACUACCUGCCCCUGGUUCGUCUGCAGCUGGCCUCGGGAGCUUUUUUGUUGACAGAGAUCUACUCAGAUUGUGUCCAAAUCCCUCUGGACCGCCUUAAAAGAGCAUCGCCUUACAGUCUUCACCGGCGCAGCCUCAGCCCAGCCUUCCGCUGCAUCUCACCCAGUGCUCCCUCUUUAUCUACUUCUACCAAGCCUCCAGGGGGUCCGGUCAGUCACCAUGUCACCUUUUCACCUUCCUCCUGCUCCCUCACAAAACCGUCCGCUCCACCUUUCCACCACACUCCCGUCAACAACCCCCUAAUCCUGGAGUCACGGCUUCUGCGAAGACACCUGUCCGACCGUGACCCUGUCACCUCACCCCUUGAUCUCCCCAGCUCAGAGGAGGGCUCCUUGGAGCUAUCUAUCAGCCAGAGCCUUGGGCAAGCAGACAGCGGGCGUGGCUCGGAGACAGAUGUAUGCGAUGGCUCUUCAGCAGAGCCAGCUGGCCUUCAAGGAAGCAGCCAGUUGGCUCAAGAGGAUCUGGAGGGUUCAACUUGGGCCACAGCUGUGGCUUUGGCCUGGCUGGAGCACCGGUGUGCCGGCUACUUUAUGGAGUGGGAGCUGGUAGCAGCUAAAGCAGACUUCUGGCUGCGCUGUCAGAAGCUGCCAGAGGGGGUGGACCUGGGAGGACUCAGAGGAGCAGCCAGACAGCUUUUUCUGCUGCUGCGUCACUGGGAUGAGAACAUCAAACUAAACAUGUUGUGUUACAACCCCAAUAAUAUGUGAGACUGAUAUCCAAACAUCUUUACAUGAUAAAAACUAAAGGCUGUAUGCCACUGACUGUACAUCAGUGCCAAGUCUACUCUAAUUUUACACGACAUAGACCAAGUGACCUUUCGUUGGAGCUUUGAUUUAUGCAAACACAAGAAUGCCUUGACCAUCUGAAUAAGCUUUUUGUAGAUUGUAGCUAAAGUACAAUGUUAUAUAGGCUACUUUGCCAAAUGCAGUUAUAAUAGAAAACUAUAAGAUAUUUAUUUACUAAUGAAAGAUCUGCUUACAUGAUUCAGCUAUCGUGGAAAUAAAAACAUCAUGGAAGUUAGCCCUUUGUUUUAGUCAUGCAUGUCCAGCAGUCACCGGGCGAUAGUCGGGGGACACCUUGGACAAGUCUCCAGUCCAUCGCAGAAACAAACAACCAUUUACACAUAGAGACUAUUUAGUCUCCACUUAACCAAACACGUCUGCUUUUGGUCUGUGGACCGGAGUAAACCCACACGCAGCUCACGAGUAAACUCCACCUAUAUGGAGACAAAAUGUACAUAUUUUAACUAGAUGAUCAGCAAAGCUACAAGAAGCUAUGUUUCAGU